AUGACUCCUGGGAGCCGGACCCUGAACUUUGUCAUCUUGACAGCUCUUCAGGCCUUAUCCGUGUCCGUGUCGGUGUGUGGCAGCGCGCGCUCCACGUCUGCAGAAGGUAAGAGGCGAAGAGGAGGAAAUCUUCUGAGCACGACUGUUCAACGCAGACCAACAGCGAAGCAGAAACACUACGGGACCACGGUACCUCUUCAGCUUGUCGGACGAGACUGGAGACCAGUCAGCCAGCUCAAACCCCAGAGUCACCCUGCAUCGCUGAAGCUCCUGAUUGAAGCGGAAGGUGAACAGCUGCUCUUGGCUCUGGAGAAAAACGAGGGGCUGUUUGCAAGUAACUAUACAGAAACCCAUUACCUGGAAGAUGGCAGCGCGGUCACAGGCUCUCACAACUUCAUGGCAAACUGCUACUACCACGGUGAGGUGGAGGGUCAUGUCAACUCGGACGUCAGCCUCAGUACCUGCGCCGGUGUUAGGGGUUUCAUAUCUCUCGAAGGCAAAUCUUACGUGCUGGAGCCUUCUGCCGAUCACUCUGAUGGGACUCACUGGAUCUACGCAGCUGAGCACCUCAGUUUCACUCCUGGCACCUGUGGCCAUGAUUUCAACACGUCCCGUCCCGUCGAGUAUGCAGACGGCAGCCCGUUCAGGACUUUCAGCGCGAGGCAUAAACGCCAUGCCCAGACCACAACCAAGUAUGUGGAGCUGAUCAUCGUGGCUGACAAUAGAGAGUUUCAGAAGCAAGGCAAGGACAUGGAGAAGGUCAAGCAGCGGCUGGCUGAGAUCGCCAAUUACGUGGACAAGUUCUACAGGGCUUUGAAUAUCCGUGUGGCUCUGGUGGGCCUGGAGGUGUGGAGUGAUGUGGACAAGUGUCCCAUCACCCAGGACCCCUUCACCACCUUGCAUGAAUUCCUAGACUGGAGGAAGGUCAAGCUGCUGCCUCAGAAGCCUCAUGACAAUGCCCAGCUUGUCAGUGGGGUCUAUUUCCAGGGCACCACCAUUGGUAUGGCGCCCAUCAUGAGCAUGUGCACAGCAGAGCAGUCGGGAGGAAUCGUCAUGGACCAUUCGGACAACCCACUGGGGGCUGCAGUCACUCUGGCCCACGAGCUCGGACACAACUUCGGAAUGAACCAUGACACCCCUGAGCGGGGGUGUGGCUGCAGGGUGACGGUGGAUCGUGGAGGCUGCAUUAUGACUCCGUCCACAGGGUAUCCGUUCCCCACGGUGUUCAGCAGCUGCAGCAAGAAGGACCUGACAGCCAGUUUUGAGAAGGGCGUCGGGAUGUGUCUCUUCAACAUGCCUGAGGUCAAGGUGCUCUACGGCGGGCAGAAAUGUGGCAACGGCUACGUGGAGGAGGGAGAGGAGUGUGACUGUGGAGAGCUGGAGGAAUGCAUGAAUCCCUGCUGCAAUGCUACUACGUGCACCCUGAAGGGGGAUGCUGUUUGUGCACACGGGCAGUGCUGCCAGGACUGUCAGCUGAAGCCAGCAGGCACUCCAUGCCGCGAAUCCAGUAACUCUUGUGAUCUCCCCGAGUUCUGCACCGGUACCAGCCCUCACUGCCCCUCCAACGUCUACCUGCACGACGGCCACGCCUGCCACAACGUGGACGGCUACUGUUAUAACGGCAUCUGCCAGACUCACGAGCAGCAGUGUAUCACGCUGUGGGGCCAAGGUGCAAAGCCAGCUCCGGGCAUCUGUUUUCAAAGGGUCAACUCUGCAGGAGACCCCUAUGGCAACUGUGGCAAGGACUCCAAAGGCUCCUUUGCCAAAUGUGAAGCAAGAGAUGCUAAAUGUGGCAAAAUCCAGUGUCAAGGAGGAGCCAACCGCCCGGUAAUUGGCACCAACGCUGUUUCUAUAGAAACAAACAUCCCCAUGCAGGAAGGGGGGAGGAUACUGUGCAGGGGUACACAUGUCUACUUGGGUGAUGACAUGCCCGAUCCCGGCCUGGUCCUGACGGGGACCAAGUGUGGAGACGGAAUGAUGUGUCUGAAUCGUCGGUGCCAGAACGUCAGUGUUUUUGGCGUGCACGAGUGCUCGGCCAAGUGCAGCGGUCGAGGGGUGUGCAACAACAACAAGAACUGUCACUGUGAGGCUCACUGGGCGCCUCCGUUCUGUGACAAGGCGGGAUUCGGAGGGAGUGUGGAGAGCGGCCCCAUCAGAUUAGCAGACAGCAGGAAUCUCACAGUGGGCAUCCUGGUGGCUCUCCUCACUGUCCUGGGAGCCGGCCUGAUCAUCUGCAUCAAGAAAAAAACUCUGCUUUCCCUGCUCUUCACCAGCAAAAAGAACCCAAUUGAGAAGCUCAGAUCUGUAAGCGCUGCAAUCAGCAGACCCUCCGCCCCUAGCCAGCCUCCGUCGGCGAGCACGACAUCUCCAUCUCGACCGGCCCCGCCUCUGCCACACGGCGCCACCGUCUUCAAGCCUCCUCACCGGGGGCCAGAGGCGGUGCUCCCACCAGCCCCCUACCCCUCCCACAGCCUGCGCAGACUGCCCCAGUGCCCUCCGGUUCACCUCAACCACCCCGUCCCUCUGUCUCUCACCCUGUCCCUCUCCCCUGGCCCCGUGCAGCCGAGGCCCCCGGUGCCUCCACAUCACAUCCACGUCGCGCCCAGGGGGGCGUCGUUUCGCAGUGCGUCACGCCAUAACUCCUGCAGGAUGGUCAUGGAGUUGGAGAAGCCGAGUCCUCCUCAGAAACCCCUUCCUGCUGAUCCAAGGAGCUCUCGUCUGGUUCGAAGCCCCUCUGCAGCGCAGGGCCACAAUGUAGUCCAAGGGCCCUCUGCUGUUUGUGGCCCUGCACCAAUACCUGGUGUCCCCAGACCUGUUCGCCCUGUCCCACAUCCCAAAAGACCCAGCCCCAAGCAACCUCCCACACUACCAAAGCCUUGCAUAAUAGCCAACGUCAAAUACAGCAGCUGAGACUUUGGCCGGAAGGGACAUCGUCGUGAUAGGACACUAAGAAAUUUGCACUAUGAAAACUCUGAAAACCUUAAAAAGAUGGCGUCCUCUCUGAGUUUUGAAUCAGGAGAUCUGCCGUGUCCCUUUGGUGCUCUGUCUCUGAAUGGUGCUACGAGUCUGAGCUCAGGUACAUGUAAAGUAUUUAUAUUCUGUAUUUAUUGCCACGCAGUGCACUGUGCCAGACACUUUUACUACACGGUAGCAACGUUUGAAUUUUUUUUGUUCUGAGUUGUUGUUUGCAUCAGUUUCAUCAACUGAUCUUUAUCGUGGACGACGACGACGGGAGAUUUAAAACAUGAAGAAAGCCAAUCUGUGAAAUUCCUAAUUGCGGAAGCAUUUUUAAUGAAGGGAAGCAUUUACAUUACGGUUUUGUUGUGUAUACUGCAGGAGGAGCUGAAAAAAAGAGUAUUGUGCAAUGACAGAUGAGAACAGAGAAAGCUUCAGAUAAGUCAUUUGGAAACCAGCAGGGUUUUUCUUGAAGGGUAAUGCUCCCUGUCGCAGCUUUGAGCCAAUCUGACGAGGCUUGAAACAAGAAAAAGAGGUAUUGCUGCACAGUUCUGCAGCUGGGGAAGAGGGGCUUGUAUUUCGCAGACAGCUGAAGUUCAGGUCUGUUUCCUCUGAAUUUAUAUUUCGGGACGGUAACAAGUAUUGAGUUGUGAAAUGUCACUGAUUUGCCAUUUCCGUUUCAUUAACAAGCCCCGAGAAGCUCACUUGAGGGAUCUGGGUACCGCCAUAUGAACUGAGCAAGGAUCUGAAACGAGCCCAGAUCAUCCCUCAGAGAGAGUAAACGUCUCUGAAAUAUCGCUCUGCUAAAAGGUCAUGUGUGUUUUUGAGUAUUUCCCUCUGUGCCUGUCUACACCGAGGACUCUGUGUGAAUCUCUGCGAUAAAAUCACGGAGCCGCUGAGGACUUCGACGCUGUGGCCGCGCAGGCGUCACACGUAGCCAGAGUCUGGCUGCGGUGUUCAGGAGUGGACUUGAAAUCACGGACAGAUUCACUUGACAAGGACGCAUCCGCCACUGAAACGAAGCGCGGCGGUUUGCUCGGUGCACGCUGAGCCACCGCAAACUGUGGCGCCUGUUCAUUUUCUAUUUUUUGUACCUUUUUCAUUUGGCUCUUGAGAUUAGUUUUGUAAAGCCAAUCUGCAUACGUGCCAGAUACAAAAUCCUGCAUAAAUUGGAUUUGUGCUAAUUUAACAGUAUUUUAUUAAUUUACCGGAUUGCAAUGCAGCGUAUAUACAUUCACACUGAGCAGCAUUUCCUUUAAGCACAGCUCUCCUUCACAGAUAUGUAGGCUGAAAACUGACUUUGACCUUUUGUUACUUUUGAUACUGUUAUCUUUUUAAUACUGCACUAGUUUGACAUCCAUCGCUUUGUUUACUUUGCUUUUUCAAUGCUACGUGUCCAUGUACUAAUAGACGGUGUUUGAGUCUGUACGUUAUGUCCAUAUGUUCCUCAUAUGUUGUGUUACAGGUGAACACAUUUCCAUGGAGAAUGCUUCUUUUUAUAAUGAUUGUUUGAUACAUCGUAUGUAAAGAAAACACUUAAAGUGUCAGUGUC